UACAUAUAUUUAAAGCUAAUCGUUUUGAAUAUACUCUUGACUCAGAUGAGGUUGAUUUUGAUAUCUGUUGCAUUAUCCUUAUUUCUGAUUCCGUUCCAUGGAUCUGGCGCACAUCGUGAGAUUCAAACAGAUAGGCCAAUUAUAGGAGUCAUGGCACAGGCAACGAAAAGAAUGACGUUUGAAGUUCUCGGUAAAAAUUACAUUCCUGCCUCCUACGUGAAGUUCCUUGAGUCCUCAGGUGCGCGCGUGGUUCCUAUCUUCAACGAUUUAACUGAAAAUGAAACAAAGGAAAUAUUCCAGUUAAUCAAUGGUGUUGUUUUUCCUGGUGGAAUCGUAAAUCUGUUAACUUCAGGUUACGCCAACGUUUCGAGGAGAAUAUUUCACCUGGCGAAGAAGAGAAACGACGAGGGUGGAUAUUUUCCAAUAAUGGGCAUGUGUCUUGGACACCAGUUUCUGGCAGCCGUAGUAAAUAACAAUACCGAUAACCGUAUCCUCACUGAUUCGUACAACAUGACAGCUCCUUUGAACCUUCCAAAGAACUUCCGUAACAGUAAAUUAUUCCGCGACAUUCCAAAAGAUCGUGUAAAAUCAUUCAAUGAAUCACUAAUCACCCCACAUUUUCAUAAUUUAUCUCUCCCACUGAGAUUAUUUGAAGAAAGUAAAGAGUUGAAAGAUUUUUACAAUGUUAUUACAACAAAUCUUGAUCGGCAUGGCGUGGAGUUUGUCUCGACAAUGGAAGCAAAAAAUUAUCCAUUCUAUUCAAUGCAAUGGCAUCCAGAGAAAUGCUCUUUUGAAUGGGUGUCCAUGAAAGCUAUACCACACUUUCUCUCAUCAAUUCAAUUAAGUCAAUACAUUUCAAAUUUCUUUGUCCAGGAAGCGAGGCUAAACCGGAAUCGUUUUCCAUCAGACACGGAGGAAAGAGCUGCACUAAUUUAUAACUACAAUCCGGUGUACAUUGGGAGAAAUGGAAACACCACUUUUAGCCAAAUUUACCUUUUUAAUUAGAUAAAACGACGCUGAUUUACAAGAUGCUGCAUGUAUUUUAUACUUUGAUUACUUUCCAUUUCAAUUCAAUACCCCCGUUUAAAUCAUUUGUGUAUAAGUGAGUAGACCGUACUCAGUUAUACGAUACUGGACUCAAAUCGUUACGACAUCAAGUUUAACCACUGUCCGAUCAUGUCGCCUUUAACCAUUUCCUGCGGGUACCUUAGGCCGUUGAACUUGUUGUGAUGAUGUCGUGAUGAUGUGAAUCCGGUAUCGCGUGCAACUUGGUCAGGUCUGCGUGGUUUAGUCUGUAGCUAAACUGAGUCGUUCACACUUAAACUGUGUACUGCAAACGAAAGUGCAAGCCCGUUCCCAGGAUAUCGGUGAAGCUUGUGAAAAAUUUGCACUGACGAAAGGGGAAAUUCCAACAUGACUUGAUAGUCUUACCGUAUAUUAUAGUCAUCCGUACUGUACUGAUAUUUUAUGUGGGAAUAUUAUUUAUAAGCUUAUAUAGAAGUAUAGACUAUAGAGCUUGUUUUGUAAUCAUUCAUUUACUUGCUGUGCAUGGUUACGCAUUUUUU